UGUGUAACCAAACCAAUUACACCCGAGAAGCAAGGUGAGAUGGCUGCGUGUGCUCCGUAACGCAUGCCGCAGUGAGCGCAGGCGGUCAGACCGCUGGAGUACCGCGGUGUUGCUGCGAAGCAUCCCUGGCCUGAUGCUUUGCUGUUUGUCCUACCCCCGGUUCUCCCUGUCCCCACCUAAGCACAGGUUGGUUAUUCCCAGGAAUCUGAGCUUCGGCAGUUGCACGCCUGAAGUCAUUAUUUUCUGGCAGGUUUUUAGCACCGUGUUUCCGUAAUCAACUGUGCUGUGGGGUACCGCUGCGGCUCUCUGUAGCGUGAUGAACAGAGCGUCUCUUUCCAUUCUCCCCCACUCGCUGCCUGAAGGGAGCCUGCAGCUCACCCUCUACCAGUAUAAAACAUGUCCUUUCUGCAGCAAAGUCCGAGCUUUUCUUGAUUAUCAUGGGUUGCCCUAUGAAAUUGUGGAAGUGAACCCAAUAAUGAGGAAAGAGAUCAAAUUCUCUUCCUACAGAAAGGUGCCCAUCCUGCUAGCCAAUGCUGGAAGCCCUCUGCAAUUGAACGAUUCUUCAGUGAUCAUCAGUGCAAUAAAGACCUAUCUUAUUUCCAAGAGGAAGAGCUUAGAAGAGAUUGUGUCCUUUUAUCCUCCUAUGAAAACUGUGACUGAGCAAGGCAAGGAGACAUUCGAGUAUGGGAAUAAGUACUGGCUCAUGCUGGAUGAAACGGAGACAAAGCAAGUCUAUCCCAUGAAAGAAGUGAGAGUGGAAGAAAUGAAGUGGAGAAAAUGGGCAGACGAUUGGCUUGUUCACCUCAUCUCCCCCAAUGUUUACCGUACACCUAGGGAAGCCUUGGCAUCUUUUGAUUACAUUGUCCGUGAGGGGAAGUUUGGCACUGUGGAAGGUUUCUUUGCCAAGUACCUGGGGGCCAUUGCCAUGUUCUUCAUUAGCAAGAGGUUGAAGAAAAGACAUCACCUUCAAGAUAAUGUCCGAGAAGACUUAUAUGAAGCGGUUAAUGAGUGGGUAAAAGCUGUUGGCAAACAUAGACUGUUCAUGGGUGGCAGCCAGCCGAACCUUGCUGAUUUGGCAGUAUAUGGGGUCCUCAGAGUCAUGGAAGGACUGGAAGCCUUUGAUGACAUGAUGGUUAACACCAAGAUUCAACCUUGGUACCAGCGCAUGGAGGAAGUCGUUCAGAAAGCUGACUUUGUAAUCUGAUGUCAACUACAGCUGCCUUCCUGAAAUACUUGCAUGGAAAACGCUUCAGAAGGAAAGGCAAUUCAUUUCUCAACAGAGUUUAAAAUGGGCUGGUCGCCUCCUGGGUGGACGUGCAGACACAGACUGUUCCAUUUAGAGCAGUAAGUCUCAGUGAGCAGAAGGGGUCCAGCUGUGAAUAAGCUUGAAUAUGGUAUUUAGAAGGACAGGGACAGGUAAAAGGGAUCUUGGACAUUGAUGUGAAGGAGAAGCUUGGAUUGAACUGUGGAUUAUGGCAAACGGGCUGCUUCUAGGUAAGAGCCAUGCUCAGAGCAAGUCACUGUAAAAGCAAGCCCCUCUCUGGACUAGUAGAUGUUACAGCCAUAUCAAAUAUGAUACAUCUGAGCAGCUUUUGCUUCAGGCUGUCUUCCUCCGCUCAUCCAUAUCACUUUGAAGUGUUUUCCUGACUGAGGCACUGGAUACCAGGUUUUUAACUGACAAUUUUUCUCCUGCAAUAGCAUCCUGCAAGCCUAGUGCUGUGGGAACCGCAGGAGUCCGCGGUACUGGGAGAGGCGUCCUUCCCGUGACAGAAAAGAUGCUGCGCUCCACAGAUUGUACGCUUUCGCUCUUCCAUGUAAACGGUUCUUUCAUACCUGAUUCUGUAUGGUCUGUGAGGAUAAAGGCCUGCUUCUCUUCAUGUGCCCUAUGCCAUACCUGUGAAUUCUUACCUUACUCUCUCACCCAGAGAGCACACCCUACCCAGAAGAAUCGCUAAUGCACAGGAAUUAUUUAAAAUAUUUGUCUUGCACAAUCUGACUUUCAGGGGUAUUUCCAGGGAGAUUUUGUUCCUGUUCUGGAAAGAACAGGAUUAAGAGGAACCUGCGUGCCUGGGGGCUUUCUAGAUGUUUUGUGAUGUAAGACUAACAGCUUCGCUGCUGGGGCAGUCGGCCUAGGAGCCGUCCCUAGGCGCCGCUGUGCGAUACGAACGCUACGGCGCUGCGCUAGCUGGAAAGGCCCGCUGUCUUCACGAGAGACAGCGUAGGUUUGAAAGCGGGUGAUCCUCUCUGCAGCCCCAGGCUUAAACUUCCUUAAUUCUCAGCCUGGAGCGGUUCUAAUUUCCCCUCCCCAAAACAGGGGAUGUCUUUUAAAUAAACUGGUUCUUGGAGAAAUGA